UGAGGCCGUUGUUCGUUGCAGAUCUCAGAAUAACGAACUCAAGGUGCACGUCGGCUUUCUUGCCAUGAUGCGAGAGGGUAAUAUUCAUGUUCCCCCGGAAAUUGAACAAGCUGUGCGGCAGCAGAACAACAUGGGCAGAACCACAGUUGUCGGAGCCGUGAAUGGCGUCGCGCGGCUUUUGGUUGCUCUCGCGGAUGAACCCAAGGAAGAGGCUGCUGGAGUCGUGCGCUUCUUGCACCGACAGGGAUUCCGGGUGCUCAUGGUCACAGGGGACAACGAGGGUGUUGCGGCACGUGUGGCAAGUGCGGUUGGCAUCCAACAUGAAAACCUUCACGCAGAAGCUCUUCCCACAACUAAGGCCAGCAUCGUCCGACAACUUCAAUCCGAGGGCGAUUGUGUCAUUUUUGUUGGUGACGGAAUCAAUGAUAGUCCGGCGCUGGCGCAGGCAGACGUUGGCAUAGCUCUGGGCGCCGGAACUCAAAUAGCUAUUGAGGCUGCAGACGCGGUACUUAUAAGCAAUAGCUUAGUUGACAUCCUAAACCUGCGGGCUCUUUCCAUCGCCACGGUCAAGCGGGUAUACGGCAAUUUUUUCUGGGCCUUUGGCUACAAUCUAUGUAUACUUCCUCUUGCAAGUGGGAUGUUUUAUCCUGUUAUUCAUUUUAAGCUACCCCCCAUUUUAGCUGCUGCGGCCAUGGUUUUUUCCAGCAUAAGUGUCCUUUUAUCUAGUCUCUCAAUCAGGUGGUUUGCGCCCUACGAGGCAAGGAUGAAUACUGCACUCCCCCCCAAGUGGUGA